CAAAUUAACCUUUAUUUGCCGGAUGGAAGAAACAUGGGCUCUGUGUCUGAGGCCCAAAAACAUUACUACUACACUGUAACGCCUCAUUUCUCCAUUGUUGAGGGUUGAAGCUGCAACACACGCAGAGUACUUCAUUCUCAGAUUCUUGUUGGCAAUCAUUUAAUAUGAUACCUUCUAAUGGCAAAAAACAAGGCUUACCUUCCCCUCAUGUACUUAGCAACCUUCCUGAGAGUGUAAUCGAUGAAAUUUUAAUGAGGUUGCCUUUACGAGAUGCUGUGAGGACAAGCAUCUUAUCAAAGAAAUGGAGAUAUAACUGGUGUAGACUUCCACAAUUGAAACUUGAUCAAACACUUUGGAAAACAGUAGAGGACUUAAUUUCCCCUACAAUUGGAUUUACUAACGUUCUUUCUCACCUCUUGACCCUUCAUACCGGACCAAUUACCAAGUUUACCCUCGACAUUCCUGAUCUUAAACCAUCUCCUAAUAUUCACCACUUGAUAUAUUUCCUCUCUAGGUAUGACAUUCAACAUUUUGUUCUUAAACCUCCGUUAGGUGACCAAUACAAACUACCUUCGUCAUUUUUCACAUGUCUGCAACUGAGGCAUUUGACUCUCCAUAGGUGUCUCAUACGUCCUCCACCACUCUUUAAGGGAUUUGAUAGGUUAAUUAGCCUAGAACUAAUUGAAGUCACAAUUUCUUCUAAAUUGGUUGGAAGUUUAAUCUCCCAUUGCCCGUUGCUUGAGCAUUUGGUGCUGGAACACGACGAAAUUUCGGACCACAUUGAAUUUAGUGCUCCCAAGCUGAGGUCAUUUUUCUUCACAGGCGAUAUAAAUUUUUUACAUCUAAAAAAUGUCCCUCUUCUUUCCAAAGUUUCAUAUAAGCCUAUAGCAUUCUUUUUGGAGGCAGAAUGUGAUCUUGCCAAGAUUUUUGAGUCUAUUCCUGCUCUCGAGAAUCUCUGCUGGAAUCAGGACUAUAUCGAGGAAGAAGAUGUUGGACAAGCUGAAGUUAUACCAACAAGGCUUCCCUCUGCUCUUAACUGUCUUAAACGCCUUUGCCUAUCUUGCGUUAUUCUGGGAGAAUUCGUUGUGCUUUCAUUUGCUCUUUGCUUGAUAAGAAGCUCCCCAAAUUUAGAAGAAAUUGAAAUUGAGGUGUGUGUUCUUAGAGAUGAGAUCUAUUAUGAACCUGUGCCCCGGGAUGCUGUUGAUGAGAUUCCUGCAAGCUUCUCAAAUAUGACAUUUAAUCACCUCAGGACAGUUAAGAUUUACAAUGUAGCAGGAACCGAGGCUGAAAUGCAGCUUAUCAAGGUUUUAUUGGCCAAGUCCCCAGCACUGAUCAGAAUGUUAAUCAAGCCCCGUAGAAUGGAAGAUAGAAAAUCUCUCAAAGUACUCGCGGAGAUAACAAAUUUUCCUCGGGCAUCAUCUAAAGCCCAAGUUGUGUAUAAUGUAGAUUAGUAUCUGUAUCAUAAUCCUGCUUGACCUUCACAAGUCUUCAAUCGGAUCAUGAUUUUUGGCUAAAAUGUCUUGGAAGUUGAAAAUGUAAAUAGAAAUGAAUGUUGAUACAGUCUAAGGCUGUGUUUUGCCUUUCCCAUAAGUGAAUCUGGUCGAACGUUUUGACUAAUCUGUUUCAUAAUGCAAAGUUUGAAAUGUUUUUAAUUUCAUGCUUGUUAUUGAUUGAUCUAUGAAAUGAGACGUGACAUGAA